AUGGCCAGCCGCGGAAGGAAGGUUUUUCUCGGCCGGCAUGGGCAUGGUUUUAGCGCGCCUUCAAAGGCACUUAUAACGAGACGGACACGCAGAGGUGCCUCCUCUCCCACCCCGCCUGUCGCUAGAAUGGACGCGAUUCUCAAGCCCAUCAUCAAAGGCCUCCAGGAUAUUAAAACCUCGCACUAUUCACAACUAAGCUCUACGAGCAUAAUUCUCUUUGACCACUUAAUCACCUUCGACCAAGAGGUUAAUCUGAUAUGGGACAGCUCAUGGUCGUUGGGGAAGGUUCUAUUUCUGCUCAACCGGUACUACACUUUGGCCGCCACCAUAAUCAAUAACUAUGCGUUCUUCACGCCCACACUAACUGAUGCUCUUGAUGACAACUUAGGCCUUCGAUUCUUCAACUGGCAAGGCUGGACAGGUCUAAUAGGAUGUAUGCUAGCGGAAGGCAUUCUGCAAAUUCGACUCUAUGCCUUAUACUCGCUCAACAAAAAGGUCCUCGUUCUGAUGUUAUCUCUCUUCAUCAUCUCCUCCGCCACCUCAGGUUGGAUUAUGGGCUCAGCUCUGUCCAAGAUUUCAGCAAGAGCAAUCGAACUCCCAAGAGGUGGCAAGUUUUGCGUACCCUCCGGUGUGUCCGAUACGUUCUACACGUUCUGGAUCCCCAUGCUCGCAUAUGAGUUCCUUCUCUGCAUGUUGGCUCUCAUACGCGGGUUCCAGACGUUCAAGACAAACGGGUCGCUCUUCCAGUCUGGCCGUCAGCUUGUCGGCAUCCUGGUCCGAGAUUCUGUUCUAUACUUUCUGGUGAUCUGCUCGACAUACCUAACCUGCAUGCUCGUAUGGCUCUUGGCACCCACAUCCCUCCUGGAAGUGCCUGUCGGAUUCUCGGUGGCCAUGUCCUGCGUGCUCGCCAACCGCGUGGUACUCAACGUCCGCAAAGUCAGCCGCGAUGUUGAUACCACGCGCUUCACCUCCCAGAAGCCACUACAGAGCAACCACACGCCUGGGACGGGCACGCUAUCGCAGUACGAGCUCGAGCAGCUCCGGUCCAUGCGUGCUCAACGUCCGCAGAGCCAUAUUCACAUCGUUGGGGUGGUCACGCAGGACGAAGACCUCCAUCCUCGCUAUGACAGUAGUAAACCUUUCGUUGUUCUCUAG